CCAGUCAGUCUGGUGUUGAGUGUGCUAGAGAGAGGAGCGACAGUUCUACUUGUGUCCCGUUACCUACCACCUGUUAUAAUCUGCGCUAUUUUCACCGUCAUCAAGAGGAGUGAAGUGGUGGAGAGUGGUUUACCAGAUAGUCAGGAUGUGGGCGUGGGCGACAGUGACGGUGCUCACUGUGGGCGCGCUUGUGGGCGGUGCCGCAGCUCAAGGGACAUACAGUGUGGUGGGGUCGAGGGUGCUGCGUCCUAACAGAGACUACCAUGUGGUGGUGUCGACGCACGGGACCACGGCGCCCGUCAAGAUGAAUGUGGAGGUGGGCGGUAAGCAGGACGCCGGCGGGGUCAUUCUUAACAGACAGCUGGCUGACCUAGAACCCGACUCUACACAGGUCGUUAACUUCCAGAUAGGAGAGCUGGGUCCUGGGGAUUACAACCUGACGGUGAGCGGGUUCGGCGGCCUCGUCUUCUCCAACACCACGGCCCUAGAGUACGUCCACAAGUCCUACUCGGUCUUCAUACAGACGGACAAGUCCAUCUACAAGCCCGGGGACAUGUUGAAGUUCAGGGUGGUGGUGGUGAACCCUAUGUUACGGCCUUCUGUCACAGGCGCCAUAGAUGUAUUUAUUACGGACGGGGCGGGUCACCGGGUAAAGGAGUGGCGCCGGGUGUUCACCAACAAGGGCGUGUGGACGGGAGAGCUACAGCUGGCGGAGGAACCUGUGUUGGGCCGCUGGAACAUCACCGUCGACGUCCUCGGUCAGACCACCUCCCGGGAUGUCACUGUCGCCUACUAUGUCCUCCCCAAGUUCGAGGUGACGGUGUCGCUGCCGCAGUACACUACCUUUGAGGAGAAUGAGUUCAUCGCCACCGUCGCCGCCAAGUACACGUAUGGCCGGCCGGUGAAGGGGGAGGUGACCUUGCAGGUGACCCCUACAUACAAGUACGGUUACCUUCAGGCUCCCUACGACGACCCGAUCCGUGUGGUGAAGCAGAUGAAGGGCAAGACUGAUGUGGUCAUUGAUAUGCAGAAUGAUGCGAGGUUAAAGGGUGACUACGCCAGAGAGUUGGAGGUAACAGCCUACGUAAGAGAGGAGCUGACAGGCCGGGUACAGAACGCCACCUCCCACGUCACCGUCUACCGCUACCCCUACACCCUGUCCCUCAUCCGCACCUCCGAUAGCUUCAAGCCUGGCCUCAAGUACACCGCCUUUCUCAAAGUAUCGUAUCAGGACGACACUCCGGUCACGUCUGGAAAUGUGACCAUCCGCCAUACCUUCACCAGAGACCCUGAGGGCUUCAUGGAGGAGGUACACCAGAUCCCAUCUACAGGUAUCGUCACCUUAGAGUUCAUGCCCCCUUUGGAAGACGAUGUACUGAGUUUGGCCCUUGAAGCACGGUACCUAGAGCUCACCCGGUGGCUUGGGGACAUCAUCAGGGCUCAGAGUCCCACCAAUGCCUUCCUCCAGGCUACUCUCAUCACACAGAACCCUAAGGUGGGGGAACCUGUAGAGGUAGGCCUCAACGCCACACAGCCUAUGGUCUACUUCGUAUAUGAGGUGAUAGGUCGUGGGGAUGUCCUCUUCGCCGAUACCCUUCAGGCUCAUAAGGGAACCACCCAUUCCUUCAGGUUCGUGGCCACACCGUCCAUGGCACCAAGGGCUCGUCUGGUGGUGUACUACGUGCGUGAAGAUGGUGAGAUGGUCGCUGACUCCCUUCACUUCGCUGUCUCCGGGGCCAUCCAGAAUGAUGUGUUUGUGAAUCUGACCCCCAACACGGUGGAGCCAGGCGGUGACGUAGCUAUCACAAUCACCACCAAACCCAACUCUUUUGUGGGUGUGUUGGCCGUGGACCAACGAGCCCUGAUGCUUGGCAAACACAACCACUUCUCACAGGAAGAGGUGGUAGAGGAACUGGAGAACUACGAUCCAGGCCGCAGGAACCUCGAAGGCCCUUGGUUCAAUCUACGCCGUCGUAAGAGGGCUCUGUUCAACUGGCACGGCACCACUACCGCCAACGAUGUAUUCAAGAACGCCGGUGUGGUUGUGCUUACCAAUGGUUUAGUUUAUGACUUCAACCCAUUCUUGGCCAAUAUGCUGCCCGUGGGUGAGGGCCCCAUUGACGGGUCACCUUGGGACCCACACCGACGACCUGCCGCCAUCAAUGGCUCCUUCUUCCGAGAGUUUGCCCCCAUGGAAGGGUCGACGAUGCGGCCUGACCUUGGGCCUGGCCUGGCCUAUAAUGCCCCAACCAGGCCGCCCCUCGCCGGCCCCUAUGCCUUCUCCUACCUGCCCCCACCACCUGACAACCGCCCACGCGUGUACCUCAACCAGGCUGCCCCGCCCACCUGGCUCUUCAUCGAUGCCCAGACCAAGUUCAACGGGGUGGUGACGCUGAGAGAGAAGGCACCAGACGCCAUGACCUCCUACAUGAUCUCUGCUUUCGCCGUUGAUGACUUCCACGGCCUGGGGGUCACCAAGCAGCCCUCCAAGCUACAAAUCUUCAGGCCAUUCUUCACGUCGGUACACUUACCUGAGGCUGGAGUGGUACGAGGGGAGGCGGUGGCGGUGGAGAUGGUCGUGUUUAACUACGGCGACGAGGACCUUACUGCCGAUGUCACUCUGGAUAAUCUCAAGGGGGACUUCCUUUUCGCUGAUUUUGUUAACGAGAUCGACCAGGGCUCACCGUCAGGAAGAAAAACGCGGCAGGUGCAAGUACCGGUAGGAGGUGGAGUGCCCGUGAGCUUCAUGGUGGUGCCGGACUCACUUGACAUCACCGUCACUGCUACUGCCGGCGCCGCCAUUGAUGUUGUGACCAAGAAACUCCUGGUCAAGCCCGAAGGAACGAGGAUGACUGUCAACAAGGCGCUUCUGCUAGACCUCCGCUCAGAGUCCAGCUUCAGUACCAGCAUCAAUAUCACCACCCCGCCUAAUAUUGUCAACGGGUCCCGGGCUGUCAUUGUCAAUGUCAUUGGAGACGUGUUGGGUCCUGCCGUAACUGACCUACACAACCUGUUGGAGUUGCCGACCGGCUGUGGUGAACAGAACAUGGCCAAACUCGUCCCUAACAUUGUUCUUAUGGAGUACCCUAAGAACAAGAAUCAGCUGAGCGAUGCGAUGGGGGCGGCCAAGCGUAACUCAGAGACAGGCUAUCAGCAGCAGCUCAACUACCGCCGUCAGGAUGGAUCAUUCAGCGCCUUUGGUACCAGAGACGAGUCCGGCAGCACCUGGUUGACAGCGUUUGUGAUCAAGUCGCUGGCUGAGGCUAGUCGACACAUAGACGUGGAGCCAGAGGUGUUGAAGGGAGCAUUGGAGUGGCUCAUACCUCUACAACAAGCGAAUGGCUCCUUCUCUGAGGUUGGCACCGUUAACAAUGAGGCCAUGCAGGGCGGUGCCUCCCAGGGUGUCCCCCUCACCGCCUACGUCACCAUCGCUCUCCUCACCGUGCAGCGACCUCCGACGGCCAAGGUGCGUAAUGUGGUCAACCGGGCGGUGGACUUCCUCGCCUCUGGUCUGGAUAACAUUGAGGAAUUCUACAGCCUAGCCAUCACCACCUACGCUCUCCACCUGGCUGAUCACCCUCUCAGAGACGCUGCCUUUUAUAAGCUCGAGGGCAAGGCCAAUGUUGAGGGUAAGGAGAAGUGGUGGUCGUCAGGAGAGAUGAAGAGAACACAUGAGACCUUUAUUGACUCGCUGCCCCUGGACGUAGAGGCCACUAGUUACGCCCUCCUCACUUACGUCUCCCGUGACCUGACCCGUGACGCCCUACCCAUCAUGCAGUGGCUGGUCAGACAACGGAACCAAUAUGGCGGUUUCCAGUCCACACAGGACACAGUGGUGGGCAUGACGGCACUGGCAGCUCUGGCGGGCAAGCUGACGACGACUGACCCACAAGUCAAUGUCCGACUCAUCUACGGCGCCCGGGGGAAGAACCUACAGGUCACUCGGUCCAACACGAUGCUCCUCCAGCGUUUUGAGUUACCAAGUGACACAGAGAAGGUAGAGCUAACAGCGUCAGGAUCAGGGGUGGCGGUGGUGCAGGUAACGUAUCACUACAACGUGAGGGUGACGGGGCCCAAACCUUCCUUCUCCCUUGACCCGCAGCUGGAUAUCACCACGGAUGCCAACCGCCUCAGACUCACAACCUGUACCGGGUACAUAGCAGGCAACUCAAGCAAUAUGGCGGUCAUGGAUGUCUCUCUUCCUUCAGGGUACAUCGUUGAUAAUGAUCUUAUACCUGGUCUGUACGACUACACGGGGGUGAAGCUGGUGGAGAAGAAGCCGGACGACUCUGGGGUGGUGGUGUACUUUGACUUCCUCACCCCGACGGAAGUGUGCCCCACCGUCGUCGCCUACAGGGUCAACAAGGUGGCUUUCCAGAAGGCCUCGUCUGUCCGCGUCUACGACUACUACGAUACGUCUCGCCAGGCCCGUCAGUUCUACAAAGCUCUGCCCGCAACACUCUGCGACAUCUGUGACCUGGACGAGUGUGACCCCGGCCAGUGUGAGCAACAGAUUAUUGAAUUGAAUCGACAACAACAGGACCCAGAGGAUAUAGAGCGGCCAGCCACGGUGACGGAGGUAGCUGCUGGGGUGAUGAGCAGCCCUACAACCCUCCUCACUGUCAUCACUUUCUUGGCCACGACCCUCCUUCACCGACACUAUUAUUAGUGCUCUUCUCUCGCCUCCCCGUCCACUCCCAUGCCCCUGCUUCCUCCGCCGGUCAUCUCAUGCACACAUGCUAACAAAAAAAAGGAGCACAUAUUAUACAUAAUAUGAAUCCUAAGGUGUUAGCCCUGGAAAUUCCUUGCAACGUAAAAAAAUGACUUAGGUUACUAACAUCCUGUUCCUACAAUCGGGGAGAGUAAUAGUAAUUUUUUGGUCUUAAAAGGCAGGUAGUAUAAUGUCAAAGUCUUCUCAGUCACACACACAUACACCAUGACAAAAAAAAAGGUGAUUACUUUAUUCGUCUCAGGUUCUCAUAAGGUGAUCCAAGAUGAGGUCAGGAAUCCUGUCUCUGGAGGCUGCUGUCAAUUACGUACAGUACGUUUGAGACAGUUGUUCAUCCACUGGGGACAGAGGAGACGGGGGCUACAUUGUACAUAAGUCUAUUAGCUUUGUACAUACAAAAACCAUUUCGUCUUCCAUGUAGGGUUAUGGUGAAAGCUUUAUUGUGGGUUAUGAUGCGUCUGCCUGAAGCCAUGGAUGGACGUGAUAACAAUAAGAAACGUAUAAUUAUCACUGGUUCCAGGUGUUGGUGCUGCUGUGUCGUCUUUGUUAUAGCUAUAUGUGUCAUGCCUCUGCCUCCAGGUUCUCGAAAUUCUGACGUUAAUUUUUCCCUAUUAUUGGAGAUCAGAGAAAUAGCGUUGGUAGUCCCAGGGCAAUGUUGCUGUUGCUAGCUAUCUGUGUCGCGUCUUAAUGGAGCCAGUUAGAUGUUUUCCCAUAUUCCCAGGCUAGAAAAAUUAAUAAACGUCUCCAUUAAUAGAAGAUAUGAGGACCUCUAACUGGCUCACUCAUCUGACCUAAGACACUAAGAUGGCGUCCAUAAAGGUGACAAUAUUGUGCUUAGCUUCUGCGUUAACCCACAUAAAUUCUUUAUUUUUCAGUUUGGGAAAAAAAUCGUGAGAAUUUUUUUGAGAAUCAGCACUCUUGAUAAUCUUGCUAUCCACCCGAGGUUGAAAAAUGCCUUUAACGUGAUGCAAAUGUAACUCCUUUUCGAUGGUAACUCACGCUUGAAGUCAGUAACUCUUGCAGCUUCUUCAUCAUUCGGAUCACUCGUCGGUUAUUUACUUGUUGGUAACUCAAUUACUGGUACACUCAAAUUUAUCAAUAACUCGAAACACUUGGUAUUUGUUCCUCCACUGCCCCUCCGCUCUAUGACUUACAGCUAUACGUUAUACUACAGCUGUUUGUAUUACUUUAAAACGAACCCCAAACAUUCUAAGCGCACUGUCAAAUUGUUGAGAAUCGUGUAACAGUGAUUUAAGAGUUAUCUUGUUCAUUACAAUAAGGUCAAUAUCACUGUUCUUUCUCAUCUUGUUGACUGCGGCAUCAUGCACUUUUAAGACCGGCAAAACGAACCAACCUUACUGUAGGUACCUAAUUUAAUGAAAAUAUAUUCUAAGGUCAUUUAUUUGGUAGUUUAGUGACUCGUUAAGCUAUUGAGAUAUUUUAAGAACUAACUGACGGAUUUUGAAGCGUUAUAGGAAGAUCCUUAACGGGUUCAGGAGUGGUCAAAGGAAUGGCUGAUGAGAUUCAACGUUACGAAAUGCAAGAGGAUGCAACUAGAUCUUACUAAUAGUAAGGAAGCUUAUCACCUCUCCCAACGUGAUGAAGAAACACCAUUAACUGAAACUAAACGUGAAAAGGACCAGAUGUUUGUUCACAACGAUUAGAUGUCCGUCUCUCCUAAAGCUCUUCAAUAGUACGGUGUUCCCCAGCUUGGAGUACCGUCGUUCUGUCUGGUCACCAUGAUAUGCUUAAGACUGCCAGUUGAUUGAGAACAUCCAGGAGGGCCACUAGACUGGUGCCUUCCGAACCUCACGUACCAAGAGAGUUAAUGCCUUCAGCUGCCUAGAUUAUACUAUAGAGGGGCAAGGGAUGAAUAAAUAAAAGAUUAUGAACGCCUAAAUUGGUCAUAACUAGUAGAUGGCCGCCCCAUUACAGGUCACAGCCUCAAUUUAAGAAGCCACAAGUACAGAAAACUAUGGGAACUAUCCUCUUUGGAGUGAGUUGUGAACCCUUGGAAUAAUCUGCCAGUGUUGUGACGGCACCGAGGGGGAGUAGCUCGUGUUCAGUACAUUCAAGAGCCUUUACAUGCCCAGUACUUGCCAAACAGAGACAUGACCGACCGGCUAGCGAACCGAACCGCGCCGAAGAAGGUUGAAUGAAAAAAAAAGUUGGUUACAUUAUUUUUACCAAAACACAAAACAAAAUGGAAAAUUCCGAGUUAUUGAACACUAAAUAACAGAUUGACUCGACCACUGUAACAAUCUUGACAAAUACCUAUGUUGUAAUAAAAUAGUAUCUCAGGUCGAGGAGUGGAUCUGGCACUUCUGGUUGUGCUGAAAUUCAAGUCAAGUUGCAGGAGCACUUUUAAUAGUAACCCAAGUCUCUGUUUGGUUUUCUGUGAUACAAUAUUACAGAAAUAUUUGUUAUUCUUGAUAUACAGGUAGAGAAAAAUAAUUGCCAGGUUUAACUACAGUACAUCCAAAUUCAAAGUGGUUGUGCAGUAUAUACCAGUGAAAUACAAAUAAUGCAUUGCAACAAUAGGAGCAUCAAAGUCAUUUUUCAGUACUACAAAUUUCUGACCGCCCUUUAACCUUCCAUCAUCCCCCGAACCUAAAACAAAUCUCAUUAUGCAAUCCCUCUGGUGACGCACAGCUGAAACGCUACAGGUUGUUUGUUGAUCACUAAAAAUAUUCUAACACGUGUAUCUUAUGUUUAAAUUAACCUAUGAAGCUUUAAUUUUACGUUAAUAAAUCUUUUUUAUCCCUUUAUGUGAAUAUAUAUCCAUUUUUUACGAAACAAUUGUAUUUUAAUCUGUUACGCCUUCAGUGAUGUCAAACGAAAAAAAACACAUUACAGUUUUUACAAUGGAGACUUGUGAUGUGUUAAUUCCAAUACCGGAAACUUUUUUUUUUACCGAUCAUUACGGCACUAAUAAGCUAAUUACACGAUGUAUAAUUUUAUUGUUACUUAAUAAACCAAUUGCCUAUGUU